AUCCCAAUCCAAUGGCCCGCGCCGCCGCUCGCCUCCUCCCCCUCUUCCUCCCAUGGCGGCGCCCGCCGCCGCCCCGCCUCUCCGCCGCCGCCUCCUGAACCCAAGCAGUCCCAGAACACUUGCCGCACGUGCCGACACCCUCGUCCUCCCCGGCGACGAGCGCUCGCCCACGCCGCCGCGCCUCCCGCACCAGACGCGCCAGGACUACGGCGGCGGAGGCGGGGGUGGCGCUCCCGGGACCAUCGCGGCCAUCGUCACCUCCCUCGGUGGCGGUCCCGCGGCGGUCGGGAUCGUGCGGCUCUCGGGCCCCGACGCCGUCGCCGUCGCCGGCCGCGUGUUCCGGCCCGCCAGGAGGGAGCCGGCGCAGGCGCCGUGGCGGCCGCGCAGCCACUUCGUGGAGUACGGGCUCGCGCUCGACGCGGAUGGCAGCGUCAUCGAUGAGGUCCUGGUGGUGCCUAUGCUGGCUCCGAGGUCGUACACGCGGGAGGAUGUGGUGGAGCUCCAGUGCCAUGGCAACGACCUCUGCUUGCGCCGCGUGCUCAGGGCUUGCCUGGAAGCUGGCGCCAGGCUUGCUGAUCCUGGCGAGUUCACUCUUCGUGCCUUUCUGAAUGGGAGAUUGGACUUGGCCCAAGCAGAGAACGUGUCAAGGCUCAUUUCAGCAAAAUCAACAGCUGCGGCAGACUCAGCUUUAGCUGGCAUCCAGGGAGGCUUCUCUACUCUAGUAAAGUCAUUGAGAUCAAGGUGCAUUGAGUUACUAACUGAAAUCGAGGCACGUCUGGAUUUUGAAGAUGAGAUGCCUCCCUUGGACCCAGUGAUGCUUAUCAGCAAAAUUAAUUCUAUGAGGCAGGAGGUUCAGGAUGCAUUAGACACCUCUAAUUAUGAUAAGCUGUUACAAUCUGGCCUACAGAUAGCAAUAAUUGGCCGCCCAAAUGUUGGCAAGUCAAGCCUCCUUAAUGCUUGGAGUAAGAGUGAAAGGGCUAUUGUUACUGAAAUAGCCGGAACUACACGGGAUGUAGUAGAAGCAAAUGUCUCGAUUCAUGGCAUCCCUGUUACUCUUUUGGACACUGCUGGUAUAAGAGAGACUGAUGACAUUGUGGAGAAAAUUGGCGUGGAAAGAUCUGAGGCUGCUGCACUGGGAGCUGAUCUGAUUAUAAUGGCAAUAAGUGCUGUUGAUGGAUGGACUGAUGAUGACACUAUGCUUGUUGAACAUGUUUUGAUUAACAAGAAAUCCUCAGGUUCUGCAGUUCCAAUGGUUCUUGUAAUCAACAAGGUAGAUUGUGCACCAUUCGUUUCUGGAGAACAGUUUGAACGAUACAGAGGCCUCUUCAGAAAACAUGUACAGACAUGCGCAGUCACUGGCAAAGGCAUUUCCGAGUUGGAGAGUGCUGUAGUAGAAGUCAGGGGUAUUGAGCAUGUACCUUCUGGAGGGCGACGGUGGACUGUAAACCAGAGGCAAUUUGAACAGCUCUUGAGGACUAAAGAAGCUUUCACACGGUUAGAAUCAUCAAUCAAUGAGCAAUUACCGAUGGACUUUUGGACCAUAGACUUGAGGGAAGCCGCACUUGCUCUUGCAACAAUCAGUGGAGAGGACAUCUCUGAAGAAGUAUUGAGUAGUAUAUUCAGCAAAUUUUGCAUCGGGAAAUGAUCCAUGAGCUCCACGCCCUGCAGAUCCUAGAAUCUGAAAUGGUGCAUCCAACGGUUUUGAGCUGAAGCUUGUUCCUAGAAUCAAAACAGGAAGAAACGUACUGACUGGCACUUGCAAUGGUGAACGGGCACGCUUUUCCUCUCAAGUGCCCAGAUGAAGAAUGUUGCAGGGAACUGAAGCACUGUCCACCUUAGUGCACACCACAUAGAUGCCGAGAAUAGAGUUCAUUGAGAUCUCAGCUUGGUGUCAGAGAUUGUAUACUUGGUGAUGUUUAGGAGAGACUUUUAGCUCUAAUCGAAAUAAGAAUACACUGUUUGAUUCAGUCCCGUAGCUGUUCAGAGUUUUUGUACCGAGUGCUGACGCUGCAUCCUGAACUUUGCGCCUCAUACAAUUGAGGAAAUUUUGUACCACCGUAUCACGAGCGGAUACAUGAGAAAAUGGUAAGGGGUUUGAUUCAGUCGUUUAAAACUUCAA